AAGGCGGGCCUCCGUGAUGGACAGGAGGGGAGAUUCCAGGAUUGUUGCUGGUUACUAGCUGCCGCCCGCCGCCCGGCCGCUUCAUUGUCACCGGGCCUCGGAGCCAGCGCUGGCCCCAAGAGCAAGAGGUGGCCGUUUGGAAGCCCGGGCCCCGCGCAGCUCCCGCGGAUCAGCCCGGCAGGCCCCGCGCCUCAAGCCCGCCCCGCGCAGCUCAGGGCCUGCACCCACAAUGAGAGGCUCCCGGGCUGUUAGGGGUGCCCCCGGCCCCCCCGAGAGCAGCCCAGAAGGCGUGGACCUGAGUCUGACAGGCCUCCCCCCGCCUGUGACCCAGCGCCCCAGCAGCGCCUCCAGCAUCAAGCCCAUCGCCCGCCCCGUCUCUGCGGCCCUGGGCGCUGAGCCGGUGAGCCUGGCACGGGAGGCCACAGAGCCCGGAAGCCCUCACGCCACCAACAAGCUCCGAAGACCCAACAGCACCAUGCAGGUCCCCCAGCCGCAAGCCAGCCAGGCCUGGGCCAGCACCCCCAGGCCUGCCGAGCCCCCCGGCUUCAUGACGCUCUUUGAGGGUGGCCCUGGCGGGACAAAGAGGCUGGCGAGCCCGAGCAAAGCGUCCAGCGAGAGGGGAGCCGCGUGGGCUGUGCCGGAUGACCAGCCCCGGGCCUUCAGCUUGCCGCCUGCCGCCCAGAGCCCCAGCACCCUUGGCACACCAGGGGGCUCCCGGAGGAGAGAGUGCACCGUGCCCCUGGCACCCAACUUCACCGCCAACAACAGCCUGUGUUCGUGCUGUCUGAAAUCAGCCGCGCAAGGAAGACAACACCAGUGUAGUUGGCAAAUGCUGCAAGUAAGAGCGUUCCCCCUGAGAAGCGGCUGCCAGGCCUUGGUUGGCACAGCCUGGAGCAGCAAGGGAGCCGUGGGCAACCGCGUCACCACUAUGGUGCACAACCGCUGCGGCCUCCCGGAGAAGCCUCCGCCCCCGAGGAGCUCCAGCCGCUCGCCCCGCCCCCGCAACAACCUCGUCAAGGCAGCCGCCGAGGAGGGCGAGGACAGCAAUCUGGAGACACCGCAGAAGAACGUCGCCAGCAGCAACCUUGUGGCCGGGAACAGUGCUGGAGUGGCUGCAGACUCCACAGCCCAGCCCAGGCUAAAGGCAGUGACAGAGGAGGAGGCUGAAAGGUUCAUCCACCAGGUGAACCAGGCCGCCAUCACCAUCCAGCGCUGGUACCGCCACCAGGCACAUCAACACCGAGCCAGAGCUGCCAGCCUGGAGCACCUGCUGGCGUCCAAGCGGCAGGAGCAGCAACAGCGGCUUGGAGAGGGAAAUGUCUUGGACCUGCACCACCAGAAGGAGGCAGCCAGGAGGAAGGCCCGGGAGGAGAAAGCGCGCCAGGCCAGGCGAGCAGCCAUUCAGGAGCUGCAGCGGAAGCGAGCCCAGAAGUCAGGCAACACUGAGCGUGGGCUGCCCGAGGAGGCCAGGGGGACAGGGAAGCCCCAGCCCGCCCAGGGGCCACCCCCGAGGCCUGGGACAGCUCAACAGACCCGCAAGGCCAGGAACUUGGGGACUGGCUUCCAUACUGCAGGCCCAGAGGACCCCUGCCAGCCUGCCCCCGACUGGUCCCUGGAGCCCUGGCAGUUUCCAGAGGACAAGCCCCAGGAUGCCAGCUCCCAGGAUGUGGCUGGUGAGGGCCUGGAGGCCGUGAGCCCUGCUGGGGACAGGGCCGCGUCCAGAGCGACCCUAGACCAGCUGCUGGACACUCUGAAGCUGCUGGAGGAGGAGCCUGAGCCACUGCCCCGCCCCAGGGCCAACCCCAGGGGCAGAUACGCCUGGAUUGGCGAGGACGAGGCCAACUCCCUGACAGCUGACAACCUGGAGGAACUUGGGCAGCUCAGCGCAUCUGCCGGCCCCGCCCAGGACGGGACGCUGCUCUCAGAGGCCAAGCUGCAGAGUGUCCUGAACUUCCUGCAGGAGAUGGACUUGGAGGAGUCGGGGCCGGGCCGGCCAGCCUCGGCCCCCCAGGGGCUGGUGCUGGAGGAGCGGCCAGGGCGCCCGGAGCCCAGGUCCGAGGUGAGCCCCUCCGUGAUGCGGCUGCGGCCGGAGGUGGAGGAGCAGCAGGCGGCCGUGCUGCUGCACAGAGCCCUGGCGCAGCGGCGGGAUCUCACCAUCCGGCGGACCAGGGAGACGGAGGAGGAGCUGGGCCGGCAGCAGCGGGAGCAUUACGAGGCCACCAUCCAGCGGCACCUGUGCUUCAUCGACCAGCUGAUUGAAGACAAGAAGGUCCUGGCCGAGAAGUGCGAGGCCAUGGUGGCCGAGCUGAAGCAGGGGGACAAGAGGCACAGGGAGCGGGAGGCCCAGAUGCAGGCGCACCACGAGCUGGAGAUCAAGAAACUGAAAGAGCUGAUGAGCGCCACUGAGAGGGCCCGGAGGGAGAAGUGGAUCAGCGAGAAGACGCGCAAGAUCAAGGAGAUCACGGUCAGAGGCCUGGAGCCCGAGAUCCAGAAGCUGGUCGCCAGGCAUAAGCAGGAGGUGACGCGGCUGCGGAGCCUGCACGAGGCUGAGCUGGUGCAGGCGGACCAGCGGGCAGCCCAGCGCUGCGACCGCCAGGUGGAGGAGCUCCGGGAACACCUGCAGCGGGAGAAGGAGGCCCUGGCACAGCAGGAGAGGGACCGUGCCCGGCAGUGCUUCGAGCGGCAGCUGGAGCAGGAGCAGUGGGCCCUGGAGCAGCAGCGGCGCCGGCUCUACAGCGAGGUGGCCGAGGAGAAGGAGCGGCUGGGCCAGCAGGCAGCCAGGCAGCGUGCGGAGCUGGAGGAGCUGAGGCAGCGGCUGGAGGAGAGCAGCUCCGCGGGGGGCCGGGCCCUCAGGGCCGAGUUCGAGAAGGGGAGGGAGGAGCAGGAGCUCCGGCACCAGACGGAGCUGAAGGCCCUGAAGGACCAGCUGGCAGUGGAGCGGCAGCUGUGGGAGGCCAGCCGCGCCAAGAAGGAGGAAGCGUGGCUGCUGAGGCGGGAGCGGGAGCUGAGGGAAGAGAUGCGGAGAGACCGAGACAAGGAGAUCGAGCUGGUCGUCCACCGGCUGGAGGCGGACAUGACGCUGGCCAGGGAGGAGAGCGAGAGAGCCUCGGAGAGCCGCGUCAAGCGCGUCCGGGACAAGUAUGAGGCGGAGCUCACGGAGCUGGCACAGUCCGAGCGGAGGCUCCAGGAACGGUGCACGGAGCUGAAGGGGCGCCUCGCAGAGGCCGAAGGGGAGAGCGGGCGCCUGCAGGGCCUGCUGCGGCAGAAGGACGAGGAGCUGGCCGGCGUAACGGCGGUGAAUGCGCACCUGGCCGGGGAGCACAGCCGCCUGUCCCAGGUGCUGCGCCAGGAGUUCACCAACAGGCUGGCGGCCUCUGAGGAGGAGAACCGGCAGGUCCGGGCCCAGCUGGCAGAGCUGCAGGCCCGCCAGCGGCUGGAGCUGGAGCAGCUGGCACAGGAGAAGCAGGCGGAGCUGGAGGAGGUGCACGGGAGGGUGAAGAUGGCCCUGGUAAAGAAGGAGGAGGCUGUGAGCAGCCUGCAGAGGCAGCACGAGGCGGCAGUGAAGCGGGCUGACCACCUGGAGGAGCUGCUGCGGCAACGCCGGCGGCCAGUCCCAAGCACCAAGUGACUGCCCGCCGGGCAGGACGUGAACAGGCCGACGCGUCAGGGCUGACGGUGUGCAGCAUGCAGUGGACACUGGCCCACCACGGCGCCUCCUCCCCUGCCCUGUGCUUGGGCCUCCCCAGCCCAGAGCGCUGUGGCCGCAGUUUAUCAGUAAAGAGGUGCUUUGCCAUG